UAGCAAACUAUCUUAGUAACAUAAACUAUUCUGUCACAACAGGUGACACUGUAACAGCGUCUAUCGCAAAUCGCAAUCCACGUGCCUUCUGUAAUUCAACGCUGCAAAUUUUAAAUGUCAUUUUUGUGUGUUUUUUUAAUUCAUCCCGUCCUAACAAACCAAACAGCGGUGAUCGUCUACCGCCUCCUGUCAGCUUUAAAUUAAAUGUUAAAAAAACAACAGCUUAAAUCCUUAACAUUGUGACAAAUUAAAGCGUAAUUGAAAAACAUUAAGGAAGAUAUAAAAAUACAGUAUGGAAAUGUCAAGAACAACAGUGAAUGAUUCAACGAUCAAUUCCAAGUAUGAUUGUCUAUUAAAAAGUUCUAGAGUGUUAACGAUUCCACUUUUUAGAUGUGAUGAUCAAAUAUUCAAUACAUCCAUUAAACGAGAAUUUAUUGAUAAAAUAGACCCUUGUAAUGAUCAUCGGGUACAAUCACAAAUCGGGUGUGAUCAAGUAUUUAAUACAGUUAUUAAAGAAGAAUUUGUCGAUGAAAUGGACCAUAAAUCAUAUGAUCAUCAAUUGUUACAAAAUACGGGAAUUUUAUGUGAAGCUGGAGAAAAAGUAAAGACAAUUGAUAUAGAAAUUAAAGUUGAAAAAGAUUUUAUUGAUGGCUGUGAAUUUGAAGGAACAGUUGUUACUGAAAGCCACUCAUCGGAACUCAUUGCACGUAUGAAUUCGGACAAGAUAUCUAACUUACAAGAAAAUUAUCAAAAAUGUGACAUCUGCAAUUUAUCAUUUGAUUCAAAAGCACUUUUGACUAGUCAUAUGAAAAUUCAUACCAAUAAAAACAAAAAUACAUAUGUCUGCGACAUUUGCGAUGAAUCAUAUUCUAUGGAAUCUCAUUUGAAAGAACACUUACUGCUUCAUACCGGAAAAACCCCUUAUAAAUGUACCAUCUGUGAUAAAACAUUUCAUAUUAAACAAAAACUUUAUAUCCAUAUGAGAACACAUACUGGAGAAAAGCUAUACAAAUGUGAUAUCUGUAAUAAAACAUUGACUUCUUCGAGUAGUUUAACAUGUCAUAAAAGAAUACAUACUGGAGAAAAACCAUUUAAAUGUGAUUUCUGUGAUAAAGAAUUUGCUCGGUUACCAAAUUUAAAAAUGCAUAUAAGGACACAUACUGGUGAAAAACCAUAUAAAUGUGAUAUAUGUGAUAGAAGGUUUUCUGAAGCAGCAAGUGUAAUUAGCCAUAAGAGAACACAUACUGGAGAAAAACCUUUUAAAUGUGAUAUCUGUGAUCAAAGAUUUUCUUAUGCACAAUGUUUAAAAGAUCAUUCAUGGAAACAUACAAAUAAAAAACCUUUUAAAUGCAAAAUUUGUUCUUUGGAACUGACUAAGAAAUCAAGUAUAACCGUUCAUAUGAGAACACAUACAGGAGAAAGGCCGUAUGAAUGCAAUAUCUGUAAUAAACUAUUUACUCGUGGAGAACAUUUAAAAAACCAUAUAUUGACACAUAGUGAAGAAAAACCUUUUAAAUGCGACAUUUGUUCAAAAAGAUUUAGGGAAAAAAAAUAUGUUACUGAUCAUAUGAGAAUGCAUACUGGAGAUAAGCCAUUUAAAUGUGAGAUUUGUGAUAAAAGGUUUUCUCUAUCAUCGGGUUUAAAUACUCAUAAAAAGUCACACAUAGUAAUUAAGCCUUUAAUAUGCAACAUCUGUUCUAAAACUUUUUCCGAUAAACCAAAUUUAAUUCUCCAUAUGAGAACACAUACCGGAGAAAAGCCGUUUAAAUGUGAUAUCUGUAAUAAAAGGUUUACUCAAAGACACCAUUUAAAAUAUCAUAGAAGAACACACACAGAGGAAAAACCUUACGAAUGUGACAUUUGUUCUAAAUCAUUUAAUGUGAAAUGUAGUCUUAAAGAUCAUAUUGUAAGAGUUCAUGUUAGAGAUAAUUUAGACCAAUAUAAAUGUGAUUUCUGUGAUAAAACAUUAUUUUCUCUAAACAGUUUUAUAGGUCAUACGAGGAGCCAUACAGGGGAAAAGCCAUUUAAAUGUGAUAUCUGUAAUAAAGCUUUUUCUUUAGCAUCGUAUUUAAGAUCACAUAUAAAGUAUCAUACCAAUAAAAAAAAAUAAUAAAUCUGAUUAAAGGUUUUAGUACAUAUUUUGUGGUGACCCUCAGCCAAGUCCUGUGGUAACAGAGUAGUUGUAUAAUAUUGGUUGAUUUUUUUUGUGAUCAGACGAUUAUUCCCACUCUCUAUCUUAUAACUUUUUUUAAAUUGUACACCAUACAUCUUAUAUUCAAUUUUAUUAUUAGAUAAUUAUGGAGAAUGAACAUAAAAAUGUACAAUGUUUUAUAAUAAUAUAACAAUUGUAACUAAAGAACCUCUAAUGUAAGUUCACUUUUUUCUAAAACCUAUUCUAAAACAAAACUCAUAAUAUUAAUUUUGGCAUAGUUUCUAGGAUAUUAUUACUUUUACUGUUAGAUGAAAGCAUUAAGUUCAUAUAAAAACUAAUAUCGAAAAAAAGCCAUUUAAAUGUAAUCUGCAGGGCUCGAAAGUUGUAGCAAAUGCAUAUUUUUCUUGGUUCGUCCUAGAACAUCCAAAAUAAGAUGCAA